GGAUACAUUGUAGCUGAUAUAGGGCUAAUAGGUCGGUGAUACAUUGUAGCCAAGCUCAUUAGGGUGGAUGGUCAGGGAUACAUUGUCACCUAGCAGAUAGAAAGUUCCUUAUACAUUGUCACGCAGCUGAUAUAAGGGGGUGAAGGUUGCAGAUACAUUGUAGCAGAGCUUAGAUAGCUGAUACAUUAGGUAGAGGUUUGCAGUGAUACAUUGUUGCAGAUCCCCUGUUGCCAGUACUAAGAGGUAUAAGGGUUGUGCAGAGAUCAGGGGGGUUGUGCAGAGAUCAGGGGGGGGGGGGGGUGCGGACCCCUGGAGUAGCAGUAAGCCCUCUCUUGUAGCCGGAUCGGGGGUGUCCCCGGCAUUACCCAGAAGAUGUGGUUCAUCUAUGCGCUCAGCUGGCUCUCCCUCCUCAUACAGGUGGCCUUUGUCACUCUGGCCAUAGCCGCAGGCCUCUACUACCUGGCAGAGUUGAUAGAAGAAUACACGGUGGCCACUAGCAGGAUCAUAAAAUACAUGAUCUGGUUCUCCACAGCGGUACUCAUCGGACUCUACUUAUUUGAGAAGUUCCCUAUUGUCAUGAUUAGCGUGGGGCUCUUCACCAACGUUGUGUACUUUGGGCUGUUGCAGACGUUCCCUUUCAUUAUGUUGACGUCUCCGAACUUUAUCCUCUCCUGUGUUCUCGUGGUGCUGAAUCAUUAUUUGGCUUUCCAGCACUUUGCAGAAGAAUAUUAUCCGUUUUCGGAGGUUCUCGCUUACUUCACCUUCUGCCUCUGGCUGAUCCCCUUCGCUUUCUUUGUGUCCUUGUCGGCUGGAGAGAAUGUGCUGCCAUCCACAGUACCGCACGGAGAUGACGUGGUCUCCAACUAUUUCACAAAGGGCAAAAGAGGGAAGCGCUCUGGGAUUCUGGUCAUCUUCUCCUUCAUAAAGGAGGCCAUCCUCCCCAGCCGGCAGAAGAUGUACUGAGCCCAGCAGUCCUCGGGAGGACGUGCCGACAACCGAGCGGCGCGGGGCCGCCAUGCUGAAUCACACGAGGGAGCGAGCAGGCGACAGAGGGCACUGUUGGAGAAGAAGGCAUUGUCUGCGAUGCAAAUUUUGGGAUGGGUGGAAGUGUCUUCUCUCCAGACACUCGGCGGCCAUAUCUCUGCUUCUUGUUAGAGCCGCUCAGUGGACGAACUUAUUAGAGAUCAUAGGAGGAAAGUCGUCAGCUGAUAGGGAACAAUGAGAAUUUAUAGGGUUUUUUUUUUAAAUAAAUUAGUGCCAAUAGAUGCUGCCCCCUAACUUCGGAAUACACCUCGACUCUGCCAACAUUCGAGAAGUUUUUUUUUUUCUUUUGUGUUUUUACAGCAUGGCGUCUGAUAGGACUGAAAACUAUUGUGAAAUUUGUCAGCAUUUGCCCAGCGCUGAUUCUGUGAAAUAAAAUCAACUAUUUCUUAUUUCUCAUGUCCUCCGAUUACACCGACCGGUGAAACACGUCGAGCGAGUCUCGGAUAGGGUUCUGGAUCAACAGUUAUUCUGGAUUAUGAUUUUGAUGGUCACAAAUGUAUAUAAAACACACUAUAUGGCCCCUUUCACACUACAGGUAUUAGAGAUGAGCG